AGCGCGUGACUGCCAAGGAAACUGACCCAACGGCCGGUGCUGCGCGUGCUGCCACCCGUGUGUGUUUCUCAGGAGGUUGCUUGGCGAAGUUCACCUGGCUGCCGCUGAUGGAGACCAGACAACAAGACUUGUACUCUAGUGUUCUGAGUGAGGCAGUGGUGGACUGGGGCAGCAUGGGUCCUGGAGAGGAGUGGGUUAACUCAGCCACACACGAGGGAGAGCAGGGCCAGGAAUCGGUUAAAAGGAGCUCAUAUGGUGAAGACUUGGCUCCAGUGGCCCAAAAUGGGGGAAAUAUGACAGAAUGGGUUAAAACUUCACUAUCAGGGGACAGACAUUGGUAUCAGACAUCAGUGCCCCACUCUGACAGCGGGACCAUGUCCACCACUUGGGAUAUGCAACUGGGCAGCACAGACAGAGGACACCUCUCAGCAGGGUUUCUGGACUCUGAGCCACUGAGGGAGGCUGAUGAAGAUUUUGUGUCUGAAGUCAACUUAAACAACUCAGCCAUGACGGAGGAGGAGCGAGAGGAGAUUCAACAAGAAUUAGUUAAACUGGAAGAGGAGAUCAAUACACUGAAACAGGUUUUGUUGUCCAAAGAGAAGCAGCAUGCAGACCUCAAACAGAAACUGGGCAUCACUCCUCUGAGCGAGCUCAGGAACAACUUCAGCAAAGGCUGGCACGACAUGCAGACCUCCACGGCCUAUAAGAAGACAUCAGAGACGCUGUCCACGGCAGGACAGAGAACCUCAGCAGCCUUCAGCACGCUGGGUAGCACCAUCAGCAGGAAGUUCGGGGACGUGAGCUACUCUAUCAGACACUCUAUGAGCAUGCCCACCAUGAGAAACUCUCCCAGCUUCAAAUCUUUUGAAGAGAAGGUUGAGAAUACAGUGUCCACUAUCAAGACAAAGGUUGGUACUUCAGAGACCAGAGGCAGCUUUGAGGAGGUCCUCUCCUCCGCAGCGAACGCCAGCUCUCAGGACACGCCCACUAACAACCUGAUGGAGGACUCUGAGAGGCCGUGUUAGAGCUGUGGCAGGACUUCAAUCAGGAACUCUUAUCACUGCUGUAUCCCAAAUGUUACAGAAUACUUUUAUUUGACUGCAUGUGUUAAGAGACAAACAUCCCCAUCUAUGUGAUUAGGUCUCCGUAAUGGAAGGAAUUUCCUGUGACGCUUACUUUAUAGAGAAUUGCCAGCAUUUCUUGCCUGAAACAGAUCUACCCUUAGUAUUCUAAAGCAGCAGUUGUCUACCUAUUAUUUUGACAGAUUAAGACAGCUAAGGUCCUUGUGCACCAUGUUUAAGUGGAUGUGGUUGGUGGUCUUUCUGUGAAAAGACCCUCUUGCAGUGUGGUGUAUUUAACCAACCUGCUGUCUGUUGGCCUCCAAAGCUCAGGUGCUGGAUCAGGGGGUGGUUAAAGAGGACAAGUCUUAGUUAAAGAAAUAUUGAAAUGAAAGAAGUAUGAACAGAUUUCAAGAACCAAAGCCCUACAUUUCUAAACUGUAUUUUUUUCUGUCAAGAUGAGUGUCUCAUUGCUUACUUGGGCAUCGUGAGUGGAAAAACCCAGCUGUCAAAUCACAGGAAUUCCUUCUUUUGUGAUAUGAAUUUCAAAUAACUGGAAACAUCCAUGUUGGUAAAGUAUCAAGACUCUACAUCACAUCUGCUCAUAAUUUAUAUACCAAAAACAAAACAAAACUACAUUUUUAGAUCACAGAGAAGAAAUACAUUUUAAAGUACUUUUACUACUACUGCCCAAGUUGAUAAACCUAGAAGUCGUACCAAAAAAGAUUGGAUGUUUGGGCUCACUUUGCAGCCAGUCACACUACUUUUUCUCAGAAAGUCCCAGCUGAGUGUCAGCCACGGACUGCUGUGGCUUUUUUGAAUCCUGGAUCAUACUUACGGCACACACAUCUGUGCAUUCACACUGUAAGGCAAACAAGUUUAUAUGAAGAAACAAAACACUGUAGGUUUGCCCCGUGCAGUGCACUUUCCACGUGGAAAAAUAAUGAUGGAGAAUAUUUUAUUUUUCUCUUGACUGUUUAGAAAAAGGAAAUCAUACAGACUCAAAUUAAUCUUAAGAACUUUAAGCCUGACGCUGGAGGUUUAAAAACACAACAGCUGUACAGUUUACCUGAAACGUGCUGAAGGUAAAAGGUUUGUAGAGAUCCAGAUGACACAGAGGUUUAAUGUUUAUCUACAUCAUCUGUCCUAAUAACUUCACGACUAUUUUGAGAUGAGAAAAAUAGCGAAAUGAGAAAUAAUACAUAAUAUUAAUAUAACAGCAUCGUACUGUAGCCGCAGCUUUUCUGUCAUACAGUCUUUUACCACAACGUGACCCUAAAAUCCAAUCCAAAACGUGCUGUCACUUACAGAUCUGAUUUUUAAAUUCCUUUGGCAGAACUAACCUGCUUAAUGAUGGAACAAAGUAUGAACUUUUUACAGCUUGUUUGUGAGAAGACUGGUGCCACAAAGAAUUGAAAACAUUUUCUUUUUAACCCUUUAAGAUGACGGCCGCUGCAUGAAUCUGCCUUCAAAGUAACAUUGUUUUCAGCAUAUAUGUUUUUUGUGUCAUUUUUCUCAUAUUCAUAGUCAUUCAUGUCAUGAUAUUUUCUGUGCUGUGGUUUGACAAGAUGCCUCCAUUUUAUGUUUAGAUAAGUCUGUCCGUGAAAUGUAUUUAUUAAGAUUCACACUAUAAAUCAAGUACUGCAGGAUCUCCUGUCACAGGAAAA